CGGAGAAGGAUCAGAAGACAAUUUAUUCAUAGCCGCCGUGAACGCCACGCGAGCAGCAGCCAUGGCCGGCAGAAACACUAAGCAACCUAGCCUAAAUUACUGCUACACACGCCGCACGCGGGGUCCGGCGACCCUCCUCCCGCCGACGACCGGAGGUCGUCGGGGAGGCUUGCACAUGUGAUCUGUUGGAAGAAAUGACGGCUAAUGCGGUCUCGUAACCUUCACUCUUCACUCCGUUUCAUCGUGAGCACGCUCUUCCCGUCAAAAAGAAAAAGAAAAACAAGAACGGUGAGGACGCCCGCCCAGACUGAGGAUGAGGCCGGCGGCCGGAGAUGAUCCCGGAUCAGCGGGGACGCGGACUCCGGCGUCGUCGGUCGGGGAGGCGUCCAGUGGAAGGUGGACUCGCUCCAGAGGAAGAUUGCUGGCGGCGGAGAACAGUGGCCCGGCGCAGUCAGUCGAAGAUUCUCGAGGCGAUCGGCGGAGGGAGGAGGGUUUCAGUGCGAGGAAGAAGCGGGCGGCAGCGGGCAGUGAAAGGAUGCUGUCCGCGGAGGAAGUCGCCUUAGCCGCCCGGCCGCUCCCUCCCCCGGAGCCUCCCUUCCCCAAAUCUGGCCGACAUGAUGAUGUGGUGGCUUGGAGUGAAGACCUAAUGUAGCUCGGAGAUGAAGAUAGUAGCCUUCUGACCCUUAGAGCGGUCAGGGGCACUAAAUCCGUGAAAUCUGCAAUGAGCUUGGAUGACAGAGACAUGAUCCUGGAUGUGGCCUGCUCUGUUGUGAAUGUAUCAGCCACCGAGCCUGAUGGAAAUGUGGUUGUAUACUGCACCGGCAUCAUCACCGAGUAUGACGAGGUCGGUAAGUGCGCAAAAGUCUUGUCUUCUUCUAGCAUCAUGUGCAGCGAGGAGGGCAAGCUGCGAGACCCAAAUCAGAAGGUAUCAGUUCACCUGUCAAAUGACACUGUUGUGGAGGCACGUGUGUUGUUUUUCAAUGACCACUAUGGCGUUUCUUUUCUGGAUAUCAACACGGAGUUUCCUUUGGUGCCGGCUACUUUGGGCUCUAAACCAUACUAUGGACAAAAUGUGUUUGUCUUAGAUAGAGAUGAUGAGUAUGCUUUGGUUGUUAGCCACGGUUCGAUUCUGUAUUUGGAGAAACCUUUAUUUGAAAGGAACCACUACAUGUUUGCCAGCUAUAAUAGCUCUUUGACUUGCAUAUGUGGGCCGGUAAUUGACAAUAAUGGCGAGGUUAUAGGGCUGAUUACUUCACAUCUCCCACAAUCAGCCAUUUUAUCUAUCUCCAUAGUGAAAAAGUGCAUCCAGAUGUGGAAUAAAUUUGGCCGCAUUGCUCAUCCUAUUCAUCACCUUGAGCUAAAGACUGCGGAUGUUGGAUACGGUUUACAGAGAUGAGCUUCGGGCCCACCACAGUAUCAAGAGUGGAUUUAUUGUAGCUCGGGUGUGUCAUGACUCUACCGUUGAAAAGAUUGGCCUCCGAAGAGGGGAUGUGAUUGACUUGGAUCAUCGUUCUACUGUAGUUGAGCUUGAAGAAUUUCUUCUUGGUCUUGCUUGGGUCUUCUUGGAGAAGAAACUUGAUUCGCAUUCUACCAUAGAUGUCAAGAUACGAGUUCAUGAUAUUCGUGCAAAAACAAGUGUUUGCACUAUUUUGCCUAUGGGAUUCAGCUUUGCUGUAGUGUGCUCAUACUAUUCAUCAGGUAGGUGUCCCAACUUGCUUACCUGGGAUAGUUUAGUAAUUUAGAUGAGAAAGUUUCUUCCUUUUUUUAAUCCAAAAUGACUCUAUCCGGUUUUGCUAUUGCUGAUGCAUACGAAUUUACUCUGUUUAUGUAGUCGCUACGUGCACAAUGGUCAACAUACACAGUUUGUUUCAUUAUUGUGUAAACUAGGCUUAAACAAAUAUUAACCAUAAAAUGCUUUACUUAUUUGGGUUUGUGUAUACUGCAGCCUCAUUCCAGUCCGUGGGACCGUGACAAUGUGAAUUAGGGAUCUCGUCAUCACAAAUAUUAGCUUAGGUCGGUGUAUGGUUCGUGGCUCUAUGCUGGUCUCACUGUAAACAUCAUCUCAGGAUACAGCAGUAGGCAGCACCGGCGGCACCUCAGUCUUUGCUAAAAAUUAAGUUUUGCUCUACGCUUUUAGUUUUUUUUUGUUUCUUGCGGGUGACUAUGCUUUUAGGUAUCACUUGCCGCUAACUUGGUUGACUCAUUGUGAUGAGUGCUUCAAAAAACGUCUUAUAUUAAGUUACGGAGGGAGUAUCUAUGUUGAGCCAAUCGAUCAGUCUAAACUUUGAGCAGGCUUGAACACAACGCAUGCUCAUGGCUAGAGGUAGAGUAAUAGCAGAAAAGUUAUUGUAGUAUUUGCCUAUAAGCUUAUUCAGAAUACGAAAGCUACACAGGCAUAUGCUAAAGGGAGAGGAAUCCAUUUAUUAUUUAUUUCUCAGCCUGGGCCCAACUAUGUAUAGAAAUCUACGUAUUAUUGUCUGCAUCGGCAACAAAGUUACGGUGCUAAAUUUGGUGCAACCAAUGCAGACAUUGAACUGUAUAUCAUGCAGCUUAUAAGAUACAGUGUAUUGUAAAGUAACUUGAA